AUGUUGUCCAUUAGGUACACUUCGAAAAAACGAUUAACCAUUUUUGCCAGGUAUGCCUCUUCGACUACCUCAUUUCAGGUUCCACCAAGUCUAUCCACCCGUGUUCCUCCAUAUGCUAAGCUAAUUGAGAAUUUAGAAACUAUUAAAAAACUAACCAACAACACUCCAUUGACCUUGGCUGAAAAAAUUUUAUAUUCUCAUUUAUGUAAUCCAGAAGAGCCUUUUGGAACAGUAACCAACAAAAUACACGAUAUUCGUGGCAUAGAAUAUUUGAAAUUAAACCCAGAUAGAGUAGCAAUGCAAGAUGCCUCUGCCCAAAUGGCUUUGUUACAAUUUAUGACAACUGGUUUACCAGAAACCUCAGUUCCUGCUUCCAUUCAUUGCGAUCAUUUAAUCGUUGGUAAAGAUGGGGAGUCCAAGGAUUUAACCAAGUCUAUUGCCACAAACAAGGAAGUUUUUGAUUUCCUACAGAGCUGCGGUAAGAAGUAUGGCAUCCAAUUUUGGGGUCCUGGUUCCGGUAUCAUCCAUCAAAUUGUUUUGGAGAAUUUUAGUGCUCCCGGUUUAAUGAUGUUGGGUACUGAUUCACAUACUCCAAAUGCUGAUGGCUUAGGUGCCAUAGCUAUCGGAGUGGGUGGUGCUGAUGCGGUCGAUGCUUUAACCGGCACUCCUUGGGAAUUAAAGGCCCCAAAGAUUUUGGGAGUUAAAUUGUCAGGCCAAUUGAAGGGCUGGUCUUCUCCAAAGGAUGUUAUUACUAAUUUAGCUGGACUUUUAACUGUUAGAGGCGGUACUGGUUAUAUAGUUGAAUAUUUUGGUGAAGGUGUUUCCACUUUGAGUUGUACUGGUAUGGCUACAAUCUGUAACAUGGGUGCUGAAAUCGGUGCCACUACUUCAACCUUCCCAUAUCAAAAAGCUCAUAAAGAUUACUUAUAUGCCACUAACAGGGGACCCAUUGCUGAUGCAGCUGAUGUCGCAUUAAACAAAUAUAAUUUCUUGAGGGCCGAUAAAGGUGCCGAAUACGACAAAGUCAUUGAAAUUAAUUUGUCGGAAUUGGAACCAAGUGUCAACGGUCCAUUUACCCCAGACUUGUCGACUCCUAUUUCUAAAUACGGAGAUAAAGUCUCUAAAGAAAAAUGGCCAUCCAAGAUCUCUGCUGGUUUGAUUGGUUCUUGUACCAACUCUUCCUACCAAGAUAUGACACGUGCUGCUGAUCUAGUCAAACAAGCCAAUAAGGCCGGUUUAAAACCACGUAUUCCAUUGUUUGUUACUCCGGGUUCGGAGCAAAUUAGAGCUACGUUGGAAAGAGAUGGUGUAAUCAAGGUUUUCCAAGAUGCUGGUGCUAUUGUUUUAGCUAAUGCCUGUGGACCAUGUAUUGGGCAAUGGGACAGACAAGAUAUUUCUAAAAAGUCACAAGAAACUAAUUCCAUUUUCACUUCCUUUAACAGAAACUUUAGAGCUAGAAACGAUGGCAACAGAAACACAAUGAAUUUCUUAACCUCUCCCGAAUUAGUCACAGCCAUGACAUACUCUGGAGAAGCUAGUUUCAAUCCACUAACUGACUCUGUUCAACUAACAACCGGUGCCGAAUUCAAAUUUGAACCACCAAAGGGCCAAGACUUGCCAUCCAGUGGCUUUACUGCGGGUAGAUCUGAAUUUUAUCCAGAAGCGGACCCAAAACCCGAUUCAAGUGUUUCUAUUAAAGUUCUUCCAACCUCUGAUCGUUUACAAUUAUUGGAACCAUUCAAACCAUGGAACGGGAAAGAAUUGAAAACAAAUGUUUUACUAAAAGUUGAAGGGAAAUGUACUACUGAUCACAUCAGUGCUGCCGGUGUCUGGUUGAAAUAUAAAGGCCAUUUGGAAAACAUUUCCAAUAAUACUUUGAUCGGCGCACAAAACAAAGAAACUGGUGAGGUCAACAAAGCUUAUGAUUUAGAUGGUACUGCUUAUACAAUCCCUGAUUUGAUGAUUAAGUGGAAGAAGGAAUCAAGACCAUGGACUGUUGUUGCUGAGCACAAUUACGGUGAGGGUUCUGCCAGAGAACAUGCUGCAUUAUCACCAAGAUUCUUAGGUGGUGAAAUCAUUUUGGUUAAGUCUUUUGCUAGAAUCCACGAAACUAACUUGAAAAAACAAGGCAUGUUACCAUUAACCUUUGCAGAUGAAAAAGAUUAUGAUAGAAUCACACAUGGCGAUGUUUUAGAAACUGUCGGCUUAAUUGAUUUGGUUGCAAAGAGAGGCGAUAACGGUGGCACUUUAGACAUUAAAGUUACCAAGCCAAGCGGCGAAUCUUUUGUAAUCAAAGCAAAACACACUAUGUCUCCAGAUCAACUUGAGUUUUUUAAAGCUGGCUCUGCAAUUAAUUACAUCGGCCAAUUGCGUCGUACUGAAACACAAUAA